GACUUUUGGAGGUUAUAACCAGCGUCCGGCGAGGAUCGGCAUUCUGUUCGUGGGUUAUCGCGCGGGUGACAUAGGUCGGCGGUGGUAGACGCGUUUCGUCGUUACGAGCGAAAGGACGCGCAUAGGUGCUCUCGAGGUGGCGGCGCAGCUAACUGGCAGCCACCGUACACGUGAAUUCGGCCGUUCACACGUUACAUACGGCAAAGUGGACUCGAUGUCGAUAAUAUGUCGGCUACGAGCAACGUCAGGACGACGCGGAUGCACAGGAUGGCCUGUCGGGCCGUUUGACGAUUAUUUAUGAAUUCACGGAAAGAUCUGAGAAGGUGUUUACGAUACAACAACAUGGUGAAGGAGAAGGCAAAUUCGAUCCGCAUCUACGACUCCGAGGGUUACAGACGCAGAGCCGCCUGUAUCUGCGUCAAAAAUGAUCUCGAGGACGAGGUACUAUUGGUUACAUCCAGUCGAAGACCCGACAGUUGGAUAGUACCAGGCGGUGGCGUUGAACCUGAGGAGGAACCGGCGGUCACGGCUCUCCGCGAGGUCCGAGAGGAAGCUGGUGUUCUAGGACAGUUAGGCCGUUGCCUUGGCACAUUUGAGGUUAUAACUCGUGAUAACACUGAACAUAAACAUCGAACGGAAGUAUGGGUUAUGCGAGUGACCGAAGAGUUACCAGAGUGGGAAGACUCGCGUGCUAUUGGUCGGAAGCGAAAAUGGUUUACUAUACCAGAGGCCCUGCUGCAGCUUGGUCAACAUAAGCCCGUCCAGCGCUCUUAUCUGCACAGCCUCCAUAAUACCAAUCCUCGGCAUAAUCCCACCUCACAACUGUCCAAUCAUUCGCACUCUACAAUGGCGUCUAUCGAACUAAUGAAUAACUCUAGUAACAAUACCCAUUUGAGCGAACACAGCUAAUACCGUCGCGGAUGAUUUCGUUUUUAAUCCAAAAUUUCAUCACCAUGGAUUUCUCCAAGCAACUCACUGUUACUUCUCCUUUCUUCCCCUAAGGGAAUUACUAUGCAACUACUGUUGUGUUUUAUAUAUAUAAAUUGAUAUUAACUAUGUGCUUAUCUUUAUCAUUAUAUUCUUAGGUUAAUUACAAUUAUUAUUACGUUUAGUCUUAGAUUGUUAAUAGAUCAGUUCGCGAAGGAGCACAUUUUUGUAGCUGAAUCCUCAUUCUGAUAUUUCUUUUUAUCGAACGUGCGAGAAGAGAGUGAUUAAGUCAAUUAUUUUAUUAUUAUUAUUUAGUGUUUGUGCCUAAUAUACGUAGAAUGCCAUACACGUAAUCCUUUUCCACGUAUCACAUAUUCUGGAUGUACAGUUGCGCGAAUAGCAUCUCGAAAUUUUUUCUACAUUUCGUCGAGACGAAGGAAAAAAAGAUUGCGUUAUACUUGUUAAUCUACAAACGAUAAAUUAUGUACUUUGUAUAUUAACUUCUUGAAUAAAUUUUGUAAUGAUUUCUGCGAAUUAUGUACAGCAGAUGCGCGCAAAACUGCCGCUUGAACACCCUCCGUCUGAUAAAAAGGAAAAAAAAAUAUUAAAAAUUUUAAUACUCUCGAAUUUUUUGCUAUGUAAUGUAACAAUAGAUUAACAUUUAGUUGUUAAAAUUUAAGUUCUCGAUUUUAGAUAUCUAUAGUUUUCUCUGUUAUUUAUUUUCUUGUGCGAUAUUUUGUGAUAAAUAUAGUUUGUAUAGCUUAGAUUCUGAAAUUUUUUGUGGAAGGAAAGGAACGAAAAAACGAACAAACUUUUGUAGCAGACUCUAAUGAGACAUUAAAAAUUUUUACUAUUUAAAAA